AUGAAGAUUGAAGGCCGUACUUUCAUCAUUUCAGGCGGCGCCUCCGGCCUGGGACAAGCUUGCGUAGAGGAAAUAUGCAAGAAUGGGGGAAAUGUCGCCAUCCUGGACAUGAACGAGGACCUUGGUAACGAGCUAGUCGCCAAACUAGGCUCCUCGGCCAAGUUCUUCGUCUGCGAUGUCCUCGACACCAAGAGCAUCGAGGCCGCCGUCCAGGGCACCGCCGAGUGGGUGAAGCAGACUGGCAAAGCCCUAGGCGGCGUCAUUCCGGCCGCCGGUGUGGGAAAUCCGGCAACGAUCCUCGACCGUGACGGCAAUCCCUUCAGCUUGGACGACUGGGACUUUGUCCUCAACAUCAACCUCCGCGGGACCAUCGAUCUCACGCGUCAGGCUCUCGCUCUUCUGGCCAAAAACGAGCCCUCCGCGCCGGACGGCGAGCGCGGCGUCGUCAUCAUGGUCGCCUCGUCAGCCGCCUUUGACGGCCAAAAGGGCCAGGUCGCCUACGCCGCCAGCAAGGGCGCCGUCACCGCCAUGACUCUCCCCAUGACCCGCGACCUCGCCCGCUUCGGCAUCCGCGUCGUGACCAUUGCCCCCAGUCUGUUCGAGUCCCGUAUGACAGCAGUCAUGGGUAAGAAGGUCCGCGCCAGCCUCGAGCGCGCCAUGGAGUUUCCCGUCCGCGCGGGAAAGCCCGAGGAGUUUGCCGCGUUGGCGAGGCAUGCUAUUGAGAACGUCAUGCUCAACGGGACGGUGCUUCGUCUGGAUGGCGGUAUGAGAAUGCCGAGUAAAUUGUAG